AUGUCUCAGUCAUUCCACGUCACCUCUCUGAUUCCCAACAAUCAGCCCAUAAAGCCCAGUAAUUGUGGCUCCGGCCUGGCUGCGCGCCUCGAGGCGGCGACUCUGGCAGAGUCGGCCCCCGAGGCAUCCUGCGCACCAGGACCGGAGAUCCACAAGACGGUGAUUGUGGUGGGAGCAGGAAUUGCUGGCCUACGGGCAGCGGCGGUGCUGCGUCGCCAUGGCUGCCGGGUUGUCGUGCUGGAGGCGCGCGACCGGAUCGGAGGCCGCAUUCUGACCAGCAGAAAGGGCGACUCGGUGGUAGACAUUGGAGCCGCCUGGAUGCAUGAAACCUCCCAGAAUAACUUGGUGAAGCUGAUCCCCCAGCUUUCCAUCCCCUACUAUUACGACGACGGCGCCCCGCUCUACUUCACCGAGGACGGGCGUGCCGGCUCGCAGUUCAAGGCGAAGAAAGUGGCUGACGAGUUCGCCGACUACUGCGAGUGGUACUACGACACUCACCCGGACGCCCCCGACCGUCCGGUCGACGAGUUUGUCAAGGAGUUUGUCCAGCAGCACCAGCUGAUCACCGACGACGAGCGUCUGUGGGCGCCCCAGGCCGUCCGCGAGGUAGAACUGUGGAUCGGCACCAGCGUCGAGCAGGCCUCGUCCAAGCAUCUGUCCUACUUCAUCACCGAGCGCAACCUGUACAUGAAGGGCGGGUAUGACCGCAUCGUCGACUGGACCGCCCAGCCGCUGCGCGACGACCCUUCCAUCCUGCGUCUCAACCACCACGUCCGCGCCGUCCAGUGGAACGAGCACGGCGACGACGGGCCCCUGCGCGUCCAGCUCACCGACCCCCAGGGGGCCGAGCAGACCAUCGAGGGCGACGCCGUCGUCAUGACCGUGCCCCUGGGUGUCUACCAUCAUGACCUUAUCGCCUUCCAGCCGCCCUUGCCGAGUGACAUCCAAGAGGGCCUGGCUCGCUUCAGCUACGGCGCCCUGGGCAAAGUGUUCUUUGAAUUCGCAGAGGUCUUUUGGUCGAAAGACAAUGACCAGUUCAUCUACUAUCCUUCCCCGGAGGAGGCCGACGGCGACGACCUCGCCGUCCUCUCCUCCACCUCGAACAGCGCCUCUUCCGUGCGCUCCUCCUCGGCCAGCAGCACCCGCUCAGCCACAUCAUCCUCCACCGUAGGCGAUAACAUCCUCAACUACGCCACCGUGACGAUCAACCUGUGGAUCAUGACAGGCGGCAAGUCGCUGUGCGUGCAGAUCGCAGAACCCCUGACCCAACGCAUCGAGGCCAUGACCGACUCCAAGGAGAUCUACCGCUUCUUCGAGCCCUUGUUCAAACUCCUGCGUACAGAACCCUACAAAGCCCUGCCCCGUCUGCUCAACGUUGAAACAACACAUUGGACACAGGACCCCCUGGCGGGCUUUGGCUCUUACUCCGCCGAUAAAGUCGGCGACGAGCCGCACCUCCUCUUCGACGCCCUCGAGGCCAACCGUCACUCCCGCCUGCAGUUCGCAGGCGAACACUGCACCCUCGUCGCCAAUGGCUGUGUCCACGGCGCUUUUGCUACCGGUGAGACCGCCGCUACAAAUCUGCUCGAGCAGUUCGGCAUCCCUUUUGAUGGUGGCGAUCUGGUCACCGCUACCGAAACUUCGGCCAGAAGUAUCCAGUAA